AAAUGCUGAAUAUUCAUAAAAUGUUUUGAUGCGGCGAACUAUGUUCGCAGUUGGAAAAUCAUUUUGCAAAUUAAAAGGUAACAACAGAAAAUGUGUGGAAAAUGUUUUUCUUGUUUGUUUUUACGUGCGUCGCCAUUAAAAACGUUGAAGGCGUGAAAUUUUCAUAGAAUCCCCCUCAACUGGUACGCGAAUAUUGGCUAAUAGCGUGCCGGACGCCACACUUCCAAAUUGUGAAUUUGAAUUGUGAAUACGGUCUGUGUAUUCGAAUCUCUGUAUUCGUUCUGCCCAAGUGCCAAGUGCCAAGUGCCAAGUGUGUAAUCAAAUUUGGAAUCUGGCGUAAUGCGAGGCGACGUGUGCGGCAGACAAACCUCAUCAUUACGAUUCAAACUAUCUGUUCGCUUUGGGAAAAUAGUGGAAAGUGCACAACAUAAUAAAAAUAAUAAAAUACAAGAAAAUAAAUCUCAAAAGGAAGUUGUAACUCAAGCGGAAUAAAAUUUGAGUGCCGGAAUUUGUGCAGAAUGCUAAGUUUCGCCGAAUAAAGGAAAAAUAAAGUUUGAACUAAAAUAUUGUGUGACAAGGAUUAAGGAAAAAAGGCAUAAGGACUCUGCUGCAGCAUCAACAACAACAACAACAACAGCAACAACAACUUCAUAUAAGUAAAGUCCCAUGAGUGCAUUUCAUGCUGCACGUUGAAUGAAUGAACAGCAAGUGCUAUAACUACAGAGACAGUUACAGAUACUUAGUUAUAGCUACUAACAAGGGAAAACAAGAGAACAAUAAGUGCGACACAUAGCUGGAGGCAAAGGGGCCACAUAAUCAGGGUCGAGACAUGUUUUAUUUCUCAACAGAUAAUCGCCAUGAAUCGCACUGAAUUUGGAACAUUGCCGCAAUUCGAAAGCUCAGCGGAGAUAUUUAAAGCGAUUGCGAGAAACAGCAAUUUUGAUCUGAUUGGGGAACGCCGGCACUUGGCAAAUUUUCCCUCGCUACACACAGGCGAUGUCAGCAGCAGCAGCAGCAGCAGCAUCAGCAACAGCAUCAGCAACAACAUCAACAACAGCAGCAACAGCAAUAGCAGCAGCAACAACAUUAGCCACAGCAACAUGACAAUUUUGCUAUUGAACAGCACAAACAACGAGAGCAACUUUAUGCCCGCGGACAUGGAUCCGGUGCUGAUGGAUCAGUAUCUGCAUAACCGUGCCAUCGAGAGUCCCUGGUACCAUCUGCUAAUCGCCAUGUACAGCGUGCUGAUUGUGUUCGGAGCCAUGGGCAACAUAAUGGUGGUCAUUGCUGUGGUGCGUAAACCAAUCAUGCGCACCGCCCGCAACCUCUUCAUCCUCAAUCUGGCCAUAUCGGACCUGCUCUUGUGCCUAGUUACCAUGCCGUUAACACUAAUGGAAAUCCUUUCAAAAUUCUGGCCAUACGGCUCCUGCGCCGUCCUGUGCAAAACGAUUGCCACGCUGCAGGCGCUCAGCAUAUUCGUAUCGACCAUAUCCAUAACAGCCAUCGCCUUCGACAGAUAUCAGGUGAUUGUCUAUCCCACGCGGGACAGCCUGCAGUUUGUGGGAGCCGUCGCCAUUCUAGCAGGAAUAUGGAUACUAGCCCUGACACUAGCCUCGCCCCUGUUCAUCUACAAGCAGCUGAUCAGCAUGGACAUGCCACCAGUGCUGCAAAGGCUGGGUGUGCCGCACAGGAUAUCGUACUGCAUCGAGGACUGGCCGCUGAGCGAUGGCCGUUUCUACUACUCGAUCUUUUCGCUGUGCGUACAGUAUCUGGUGCCCAUACUGAUCGUGUCGGUGGCCUACUUUGGCAUCUACAACAAGCUGAAAAGCCGGAUUACUGUGGUCACGGUGCAGAGCUCGUCGCAGCGAAAAGUGGAGCGGGGCAGACGCAUGAAGCGCACGAAUCGGCUGUUAAUUAGCAUUGCGAUCAUCUUUGGGGUCUCGUGGCUGCCACUGAACUUUUUCAAUUUGUAUGCGGAUCUGCAGCAUCCAUCGGCCGUGACGCAGAGAAUGCUUGUGGCAUAUGCCAUUUGCCACAUGAUUGGCAUGAGCUCGGCCUGCUCGAAUCCGCUGUUGUAUGGAUGGCUCAACGAUAACUUCCGUAAAGAAUUUCAAGAACUCUUGUGUCGUUCCACUGAAUCCACUAAUGUUGCUCUCCAUGGUCACACGACAGGCAGCAACAUGCAGGCAGCGGCAGCGCGUCGACGUCGCAAACACGAGCUCCAGCUCCUGGGCAACAGCGUCCAACGUGGCGCCUCCGAUGGUGAUUGCCUCGGCGGCAUGAGCAUUGCGGCCACCGAAUUUAACACAAGACACACGGUUAAUGGAACGCGCAGCGCCGUCACGGAAUCUGUUGCCCUCACCGAGAGCCCCAUGCCCUCAGAGAUGACCACGCUGGUGCCGCGUUAAAGCCAAUUACCAGAACCCAAUCACACUUAACCUCUGUCUAAAACACCCCACCCGUCUCUAUCUCAGUGUUGUCCAUACAUAUACGGUUUAUAUAUAUCUCUCUAUAUGUAUAUUAAUGAAGAAGAUUACAAGAUUUUGCUGCCCACGCCGGGACUAAGUAAAUUUGCAUGCAAGACAUCCAAAAAUUGCCAUUUAAUGCCAAAAGCAGCUGCAUGCAUUUGUAGCAUUAUUUUCAUUUAUUAAGUCGAAAGUAAGCAAAAGUUCAUUCGAUGUGGUUUUUUGGAGAGUCCAUUUGGCAUUUUGCACACACAAAAGUAUUUCAAUAUUUGUGCACUAUUACAGUUUGCAACAAUACUAGAUUGCCAAUUUGCAUUGCAUUCCCAAUCCCCCUCCCCCUAGGCACAAUGCCAGCUGAACUCUUGAACUCUCUAUGCAUCGGAGUCAAGGAGCGGCUGCAAUUAAAUACAAAACAUAAAACAUGAAAAUUGAUUUUUUUUAUUUAAAAUUAACAUAUAGUUAAGAAAUAACGAAUAUGUGUUGACUGAUUGAAAGCAAAGCUGAGUUAUAUUUAAGUCUAGGCGGGAUAGUUAUGAGCUACAGCCAGAUGUAUCUAAACAUAAUGUAUCUACUAUAACAAUUAUGAUUACAAUUACAAUUACGAUUCAUUCAUAUAUACACAUACGCUUGGCUUAAGUUUCAUCAAAUACUGUGAUUUAAUUGAAUGAGCCCUUCAAUUAAAUUUCGGGUAAUUGAUACACACACAACUCUUCAGUUAUAAGUAUUAGUAGAUCCAUAUACAUAUAUACAUUUAUUUAAGUAAAUGUUCCACUUUGUUCCUAUUAACGCUUCUUAACUUUAAGGCUUUGUAAGUAUUUCGCUAAUGAACCUAUUUCCAUAUUAUCAACAUAAAUACCUAAACUUAAGCAUACAAUAUUGAUUUAUGUAACAUAAAAUGUGUCCAUAGUUCUAAUUACGUGUCUAUUAAUAACAAUCUCAGCUAAGCUCUACGAUAAUAAGUACCGAUGUUUGCUAUAAAGCAACCGUAAAUAAACUUAUAACCGUAUAUAAACUUA